UACAUUUAUCUUGUUGGCCUUAAGGGCCAGGGAUACGCGAUCCCAAGAAGAUUUUUCCCGCAGGAUGACCGGCGGCGGCGCGGGAACUUUUCGGACGGGCGCGGGCCCGGGGCGCGGCGACGGGGUUGCGCGGCGAGGGGAGUCGGGUGAGACCACGACUUUAGGCCGCGACGCGUUCGCGGCCUUUGGUUGUUUCGGCGCCGCGGACGGUUCCACGGCGCGGGCGCGUUUUUUCCCGCGCGCGACGGUGGUGAACCCUUCCGAGGUUCCCGGUUGGGGACUCGCGGCGGACUCGUACUCCAUUUCCGACUCGGAGUCGGAGCCGGAGCUCUCCGCUACGGAGGACGCGAUCGACGCGGGCGCGGGGGUGGGGGCGACAUCGGCGAGUCGCGGAGUGCCGGCGCGGGAGGCGAUAACGGCGAGUCGCGGAUGAUAAUCGCGGCGGCGGCGGAUGAACCAUCGGGGUUCGACUCUAGCGUGGCCUUGUAGGCCUCAAAACGGGACAUAAUGUCCGGGCAUAUUAAUUGCACGAACUGCGCGAAUAGCGCGCUGUUCGU